AUGGCUCAGUUGACCCCCAUACGUGGUUUCACAAAUACCCCGGUUUCCAAAUCAAUAUGUAUAUUGUCUACAAUUUUGCCACUUGUGUUGUCAAUCUUAUCAAUCAAGUAUUAUUUGAACUUGGUUAUUGACCCUUACAUUAUUGAGUACUAUCAGUUCUGGAGAUUAUUUACGUACCAGAUAUCUGUCGUGAAUGAGUCUGAUUAUCUACUAGUCAUCCUUUUAUGGUUUCAAUUCAAGAUCCUAGAGAGAUUCUAUGGUUCUAGAAAGUAUUUAUCCGUUGUCACAUCAUUUGCCGUUGCCAAUUCAAUUGCAUGCCUUUUAGUGAUGAGCCUAGGCCAGCUUCUAGUGUACUAUUUUAUGUUUGCUGUGAAGGUGAUCCUUCUUGGCCACAAUGCGGACAGCGUGCAAUAUGAAACAACUAUUCUAAACACGGUCAUUCCUGGCCCUCUCGGAAUCUUAUCAUCGUUAUACGUCACUUACGGGGCCAAUAUUCCAGUGUCCUAUUAUUUUAAAAUUUUGUUAAAGAAGCCAAGCGCCAGUCGGGAUGAUGCCAAAUCAUCGGGUGGUUUCUCACAACAAUUAAAUUUAACCAAUAGAUUUCCUGUGCAUGUACUAUAUACCUUGCUUUUUUUCAACAACGGAUUCAAAUCCAUAGUACCAUGUCUGGUGGGUUUAUUUAUUGGAAAGUUGUACACUUGUGAACUCUUACCGAUGGGCACGUCGUGGUUGUUGCCAAGGGGUUUAUUCCAAACCUUUAUCAAUCCUCGCAAGAAGGCUGAGCACAUAUUGCAAAAUCUACAGCGGAGGUUCACUCAUAGUUAUCAUCCGGUAUCCACUUCAACUACAGAUGAAGAGUUCCAUGAUCGUAAUGCAAGUGAGGAACCCGAGGAUAACGAUGAACUCUUGGAUGAGGCUAGACAAGAAGAAAGUAGGAUUCGAGCUGAGACCCCAGUCAGGCCGUUGGGUAGUCAAUUUCUUGAUACGUUCAGAUCGUAA